CCAGGAGGGGGCGGGGCUAAUGGGCCUCGGCCUUCACAAUGGCCAACGGGUAAACCGAGGCAAGCCGCGAAAGGCCGGGACCCGUUCCUGAAGGUCCGCGCGCGGAGUGCCUCGUGGGGCGCCCGUAGGCCGGACUCAUCCCCGCCCGAGAACCCUCCUGGCGCCGCGUCUCCACCCAGGCCGCCAAGCACCCCCGAAGAGCCAUGUUCCAGGCUGCCGGAGCCGCCCAGGCCACCCCCUCUCAUGAAGCCAAAGGCAGCAGUGGCAGCAGCAGCGUGCAGCGCUCCAAGUCCUUCAGCUUGCGGGCUCAGGUGAAGGAGACCUGUGCAGCCUGCCAGAAGACGGUGUACCCUAUGGAGCGGCUGGUGGCAGACAAGCUCAUUUUCCACAACUCCUGCUUCUGCUGCAAACACUGCCACACCAAACUCAGCUUGGGCAGUUAUGCCGCACUGCACGGUGAAUUUUACUGCAAACCUCACUUUCAGCAGCUCUUUAAGAGCAAAGGCAACUACGAUGAGGGCUUCGGCCGUAAACAGCACAAGGAGCUCUGGGCCCACAAGGAGGUGGACUCGGGCACCAAGACAGCCUGAGGCCCUCGGACACCCGUUCCCUCCGCACACGGCCGGCCGGCGGGAAGGAGGUUGAGCUGGGCUUGUCGGGGAAGCGGGGUGGGAAGGGAUGAGGCUCCCUCAGACAGGUUUCAGGCAUCGGGCUCUGCUCCAGGAUCCCUUACUUUCCCCCUAGGAGGUAGAGGUCUGGGAAGCAGAAUUGCAUUUUCACCACACUGCUUCUUCGGACCAUCUCAUCUCGCCCCCCGGCUCCCUGGGAGGCCCACAAGCCCAGCUUCCCUAUUUAGGUGCCUUUUCUCCAGCAAGGAGUCAGCAUGCCCUCCUCAGGGUCCCAAGCUCCCACACUGCCACCUGGGCCUUGUGCACCCCCGCGUCUCCCCAUCUACCUCUGCCCUUAGCCUGGUUCUGAGCCACAGAGACUGGAAGAGGGAGAGUGCCAUCUGCCGGGCCUCAGACACGCCACCUCACCGGUGGGGGAGGGGGCUGGGAAAGAGGCAAGGCAGCCCGCAGCCUGGGGGCCUGGGGGCCCUUGUGCCCCAAGGCUCACGUUCUUGCUGGAGCCUCAGCUGACAGGGUCGGCAGUAGCUCGCUCCCUGCUCUCCACCGCUGUGAUGUUCUGACUGUUGUGAUCAACCCUGUUUUAAACAUGUUUAAACAGA